AUGGAUGCCGCGACCGUGCCGCCAGGGCGGCAACAGGAGGCUACGAAGACAAAGGCGUUGUGCCAAGCAACUUCGACUUCUACUAGACGUUACAAACCCAGAGCCGAUGAGAUGUACCCAAACGAGUGCCGCCAGCUCGAGCUGGCAGUCGCCGUGGCUAGAAGAAAGAAGAUGGAACGACAGGCGGAGGAGGUAGCUAAGCAGGCGAAGGAGCUGGCAAGGCAAAAGGAGAAAGCCGAGAAGAAGCUAGCGAGGCAAAAGCAUAGAGCGGAGAAGAUGGCCUUGAGAUUGCCCUGGGGCGCGACCACUCGGCACAUCAAGCACGUCAGCGGGCGGCUGCUCGGUUCCCACUUUCAACCUGCCCGUAAAACUUCUUUCUUUGGCGGCGCCUCUGAGUUUGGAUUCGGGCGGCAAGUAACUAGUGCCGGCGGUUUUAGUGCGUCUGCUUCGGUGGUGCGCGCUGGUGUUGCAAUGGGGCGUGCGAAAGGAAACCAGGCGGCGGCGGCCGGGGCGGCAACCGCGAAAAGGGAUGGAAAGGGGGAGAACAGGACGCCGCAGCAUUACAACUGCUAUGUGCAGGUGUUGGGCACCGGAAUGGACACCGGAGACACCGGUCCUAGCGUCCUCCUCUUUUUUGACAACAAAAGGUUCCUGUUCAAUGUUGGCGAGGGCUUCCAGCGGUACUGCAUUGAGCACAAAGUCCGUCUGAGCAAGCUCAAUCACCUCUUCUUCUCACGGGUCUCGUCAGAAACAUUCGGAGGGCUUCCAGGUCUCCUGCUGACUCUGCACUCGGUAACGGGAGCGCCCCUAGGGAUGGGCCUGUACGGUCCCCCCCCUUUGGACCAACUCGUCGACGCAAUGGGCGCCUUUUGCCCAGUGCGCGCUCUUGGCUGUCAGACCUACUGCUUCAAGCGCGACGGCAGCCUCGGACGAGCCACCACUUCUUCGGGGGGUUUCGGCCCGGUCGACUUCCGGAGGGAUCCCUUUGGGACGGAACAUGCGAACGCGGGAGUUGCCUUCCAGCCCCCCACCCCCCCCGGAAGUUCGGGGUCAGCUCCCGGCGGCGCGAAAGAAGUGUACCGUGACGAUUUUGUGACGAUAAGUUCCGUCGUUUUAGCACCCGAGGGUGAUGAAAUACUUGCUUCCGCGGGAAUGGAACAAAUCGAAGCGGGAGGGAAGGAAGAUGAGAUCCUCGAAAGCAACCCGAAACGGUUCCGGCUCGAAGGGGGGGGCUCCGCUUCCCCGUCCCCUUCCCCUCGAACUCCCCCCCCGGAAACGUCGACUCCGCGCGGGGGGGAAGACGCCAAGCUAUCGGUGGUUUACAUCUGCGAGCUUCCGGACGUGCCGGGUAAAUUCGACCCGGGGAAAGCGAAGGCCCGGGGCUUACCCCCUGGAAAAGAUUACUCCCGGCUUGUUCAGGGGGAAACGGUGACCGCGCCGAAUGGGCAGGUGAUCAAGCCGAGCGAUGUGAUGGGGCCGACAACAUCGGGCCCUGUUUUUGUGCUGGUGGAUUGCCCGACGCCCGCGCAUUUGGGUGCGUUGGUGGGCGCACAGGGCCUCGCGCGGUUCCAAAAGGGGGCGGAGGGUGGGAAGCAGGCUAACGUGGUGAUUCACUUGAGCCCCCCGGCCGUAGUGGAGCUCCCUGAGUAUCAGCAGUGGGUGGCCUCUUUGGGCGGAGCCAAACACGUGGUCGCGGGUUAUGGGCACCACGGGUUGGGCCGACCCGUCUACAUCUCGAGCAUGCGGUUAACCGCCAAACUGAACUGCAUCGCUCCAGAGGUGUUCCCCCUCCACAUGCCCGCGGAGCAGCAGGCGGCCGCGAGAGAGGCGGGCGAAGCCGCCGAAGUGGUCGCUGCCCACGUAGCGAAAAGCGCGGGCGCCGUCGACCUCGUGCCGGGUCAGAAUCUGCUCAAAUUUACGCUGCGCCCCGUCGCCCAGCAAGGCCUCGACGAAUCGCUGGUCACCGCCAAUCUCGACGUCGAACAAUUGCAAAACGAAGUCAUCACCGCGACCCCCGAGGCAAUCCUCGCGGCGAGAGACGUGUCCGGGAUCGCGGGUCCCGACCCCCGGUUGCUUACGUUUGCGGAAGACGCAACCCGAGACGGAGCCAGCGCAGGCCCGAGCGGCAACGGUGCCGAAGUGGGCGGUAACGGUUCGAUGAACGUGGACGAUUCGACAGAUGCGUGGAGGGUGCGUGGGCUAACGGUCGAUGACGGCGGGCGUUCGGACGCGGGUUUAGGGGUUCCGGAGGCGGCUUUGCGGGUUUCGGACGAGGAUUUGACCAUUCCGGACAAGAGUUUAGGAGUUGCGGACCCGGGUUUAGGGGUUUCGGACAAAGAUUUAGGGGUUUCGGACGCUGGGUCGCAGCAGGCGGUGCCGGAGUGCCUACAAGGGGUGGGUCGGGAAGAAAUGGAGCUGGUGUUUCUGGGAACGGGGUCAUCCCAGCCGUCAAAGUACCGGAACGUGAGCGCGAUAUACGUCCACCGGUUUGCGUGGGGCGGGUUCCUGAUGGAUUGCGGGGAAGGGACGUACGGGCAGCUGAAACGGAGGUACGGCGCCAAGCUGGGCGACACGGUGGUGGCGCAUUUACACCUGGUGUGGAUCUCGCACAUCCACGCGGACCACCACGCGGGGCUGGUGCGCAUCAUCGCCGCGCGCAAGGUGGCGCGCGAAGCCCUAAACCUCCCGGCGCAGCCGCUCGUCGUGGUCGCGCCGCGGCUGCUCCGGCGCUUCUUAACCGCGUACGAUAAUGUCGAGAAAAUGGAUAUGGUGUUCGUAGACUGCGCGCAGACGGUCGGGGAUAGCAACCGGGGGAGUGUGACCAGUAGAACCGGGCUCCAGCCGUUCACUGGGAUCGGGGCGGACCUCGACACCGGUUCUAGAGAAAGCGCGGCGAUGCGCGAGGCGAUGUCGAGGGUAGGGUUAACGAGCCUGGUUAGCGUCGAGGUGAUUCACUGCCCGCAGUCGUACGGGGUGGUUAUGGAAACGGAGGGAACGGAAAAGCGGCCGGGGAUGAAGCUAGCGUACUCGGGGGAUACCAGGCCGUGUGCAGCGUUUGUGGAGGCGAGCCAGGGAGCCACAGCCUUCAUUCACGAGGCAACUUUCGACAACGAGCUGGAGGACGAGGCCCUCGCCAAGCGGCACAGCACGACGCGCGAGGCGGUGACAGCUGGCGCGGCCGCGGGCGCGUUCCGUACGAUCCUGACGCACUUCAGCCAGCGGUAUCCGAAGAUGCCGGUCGUCGACGAGAGCUUCACCGACCGCACGUGCGUCGCAUUCGACAUGAUGAGCGUAAAUGUCGCGGAUCUAGUUGUGGUUCCGAGGCUCAUGUCCGUGCUCAAGCUGCUGUUCCCAGAGGUGGAGGAGCCGGAGGAAGGUGCGGAGGAGGAGCUGGGGGCGUGAGUUUUGCUGAGCAGACUGGGGGGUUGAGAUUUACGAAGCGGACUGAGGGGCGGAGUCUGAGCGAAGUUGGGGGGUGAAAUCUAUGGCAACAGACUGACAAGAUUUGCUUGUUGAGCGGGAUGGGGCAAACGAUCACAAGGGUCUCACAUGGAGAGGUAGCGCCAACGCUUGACUAGUGCCGGUUAGCGGCGUGCUGUGCGACUACUUAUGUCAGCGGGAUCAGGAGUGGAUGGUCCAAAUUUGCUUCUUGAUGUUGCCAUGGGAUGGUACAUUAUGGAGACACGACUUGAAGUUAUGGGCUGGUGCAAUCUUCCCAUGCGGCAGACCGAACUGCUUAGAUCACACCUCCUUAAAGCAUACCACACAG